GUCGAUUGAGUAUGGUCAGCUCGUCCUGCGUGGCUCAUUUUUCGGCUAGGGAUCAUGUUAUUCACAUCCAUUUCUCAGGUCAAAUUCUAAAUCACCAUAAGUGUAGGUAUCCAGAACUGGACAAUUUUCUUAUUUACCAUCUGGCGGCUGAGGUACCUUGAGUAUUUCUUUCGAACGGAUUCUAUUUGAAGCCUACUUGAACUAUGGUGCCGGACAGAUCUCGGUCGGUUUUUGGACCCAACUCCUUUUUCCCGCAAUUGAGGUUUUGUUGCUGCGGUUGCUCCCUGAGAACGGGAGUGCUGAUCAUAGGCUGGUUCACUGUGAUUGUAGGCGCACUCAUGAUUCUUGGAUUUUGGCCUGUCGCUAAUCGUUUGAAGGGGAUCGACAUUUCAAAUAGCCCAGAGAAAAGGGUGGCCGUUUACUUAUGGGUGAUCGACUACUUUAUUGACGGCAUUCUUCUCAGAAUUGCCGGUAUCAUUCUGCUCAUUGGCGUCUAUGCGGAAAAGCCAAAAUGUGUGCUUCUGUUCCUGAUAGCGAGCGCCGUCGACGCAGUCAAGUUAGUGAUUGAAAUUCCACUUUUCAUCUUCACCAACAUCGGUAGAAGCGUAUCAGUUGGAAUUUCAUCCGAUAAUGAGUUGUAUCCUUUAUUUGAGCAUCCGUUGGGGCUCUUCAUUACUCUCGUGCUGACUUUGUAUUUUCUGGCGGUGACUAACAGUUAUUACAGCGAAAUGGAAAACACUCCUCCGAAAAGAUGUGGGACAGGAGUCGCCCCUGACAAUGUACGCAAUGCUUAAAAGAGAUGAUGCUAAUGUACUCAAAAAGACACAUCUUGUCAACCCAUCUGAAAGGGUUGUCAUUCAUACUUCUGUGUCCAUUACUCGCCUGACGUGGAGCUAUUGAGAGAGGGCGCUUGACAGCAAGGACCUUGACCGGAGGUCUUUUUUCAUCUUCAAAAAACGGCCUAAAGGUCAUCAGAAAAAAAAGUUGCUGCGUAUUAAGCCAGUCACGAACGUCAUAGACUCGUGUUUCAAAUGGACAUUAGUAUUGAAAAUUUUUGUGGGAAAAAAUGGUAAAAUUGGUCUAACAUAGUACGCAUAUUCCAUGACACUUAUACAAAGAAAUGCUUUUACAUGCCUCUG